UGCAGCGAAACAAAUAGAGCGCCGUCGUAAAUAACAAACCGUCCUAUCACGCUUCUAAAAAAGAUAUUUGUGUACAACUCCUGGGUGUAGGAUUAGCGGGUGUUUAAUAUCAAAUAGUUUCUUGUUAGUUUAAAAAAACGAUUAGUAGAAGGGUUUGAUAAGUUUUUGAGAAUAAAUUAAAAGGCGCGUGGAGCGUUCGUAAGAAUUCGGCCUCGUUAUAUGCGUCACGCGCGUGCACGAGGGUACGUACGUACGUCCGUGCGUACGUGCGUGCGUGCGUGCAUAUGUGCAUCUUUAAAUUAAAGGAUUCUAAAAGUGGAUACGAUAUUCGAUAAUCGUCAUCGCCAGGAUGCAACCGCAUGGGGAGGCCAAGCGUCAUUCCCGUCGCCGUCUACGGUUCGCCUAGCUCCUCAUGCUAGUCUCCUCUUCCGAAUUGCUUGUAGCACAGCAUGAAGGAGAUGCUUGGAGGGUGCUGUGUGUGUUCUGAUGAGAGGGGUUGGACCGAGAAUCCGUUGGUCUAUUGCGAUGGACAGGGAUGUACUGUCGCUGUACAUCAAGCGUGCUAUGGUAUUGUUACUGUACCAACAGGACCUUGGUAUUGUAGAAAAUGUGAAUCACAAGAAAGAAGUGCACGCGUGCGCUGUGAAUUAUGCCCGAGCAAAGAUGGAGCACUCAAAAGGACGGAUCAAGCUGGUUGGGCUCAUGUUGUCUGCGCUCUUUAUAUUCCAGAAGUGCGCUUUGGCAAUGUUACAACAAUGGAACCCAUUAUAUUACAGCUUAUACCUUCUGAAAGAUUUAGUAAAUCUUGUUAUAUUUGCGAAGAACAAGGUAGAGGAAGUAGAGCAAAUGUUGGAGCUUGUAUGCAGUGUAAUAAAACAGGCUGCAGGCAGCAAUUUCACGUUACCUGUGCUCAAGCUCUUGGUUUACUUUGCGAAGAAGCUGGCAACUAUCUUGACAAUGUUAAAUAUUGUGGAUAUUGCCAGCACCAUUAUUCAAAAUUGAAAAAAGGUGGUAACGUUAAAACUAUACCACCAUACAAACCUAUACCUGCUGACAAUGGAUCAUCAGAUUCAUCUCCUGAAAAGGAAGCAGAGACUCCAAUAAAAUCAUCAUCAAGUAGUAAAAGGAAAGGAUCCAGUUCAAAAUCAACUACAAAUUCUAAAAAUAAGUCUAAUACUAGUCCAAACGUAGAAAUAAAUGGUGUUGCUGAUGACACCAAGAGUAGCAGUGGUCGUAAUACUCCCAAAGAUGGUUCUGCGAAUACUGGAAAAUUUACGACAUCAAAUUUUGUAGAAACUAUUGUUACACAAUCAGAAAGCGUAUUUGGACACGAUGGAUCUACUUCAGUGACAGCAGCAACUGCUGUUACAACUGCUAAUAUAAAGACGAGUUCUAAUUCGAAUUUGAUUCAUAAAAAUAGUAGUCAAACGAAAUCUAAUUCCUCACAAUCCAAUAAGGGUUCAAGUCAUACAAGUAAACGAAGAAAGACUGGUGCACGUACACCAACUGUGAUAGGAAAUGAAAAUUCAAAUCAAUCUGUUAGUUCCGAAGCUAGUGGAUCUGUAGUAGUUGCUGUUAGUUCAGUAGUUCAGCAAACAGUUUCAAGUAAUAAUGUACAACCUACUAUAACCGAAGCCACUAGUCUUAGUACAACAACUGAGCCUGAAAGAGUAAAAAAGUUAAAAAUCGACAGUCCAGUACAAUCCGCAUCUAGUAUUCCAGUUACUACAGAAGCAACAACUACACCUGUGAUAAUGUCAGUAACGCAAUCUCAAUCAUCAACGUCUAUCCAAUCACCAACUACUACAUCGAAUAGUAUAGUUGUUUCUGUUCCCUUAACUGCUGCAUCUCUCUCUGGUACUGCCCAAAGUGUAGUAACAAGCGCUCCUACGUUGUAUCAACAAUUACAACAAAGUAUUAUUACUACUGCAGCUAACACCGAGCCAAGAUCUAGUAUCAUGCCAAGUACAGAGAGAUUUACAUUAGAAGAAGCUCCUACUAAAAGAUCUCGAUCUCAAUCUUCAGACAAAGAUAAAGUUCGUAAACCAAAACGUGGGUCAUCUAAUAGUCAACCAGCAUUAGCACAAACACAGCCACAAUCUCAAGCUCAAUCACAGCUGCCAAUAUCAUCGAUUGCAACAUCUGUAUCUAGUAGUGCAGUUGUUACGACUUCUAAAAGAGGUGGAAGAAACAAUCAUCAAACAUCUCCGCCAACUGUAUCAGUAGCACCUGUUCCUUCAAUAAUACAAGGUCCUUCAUUGGUAACUGGUGGCCAUUUUAGUAGUAUUGGUUCAGUAGGCUCGAUGGGUCCUACUGUUAAAGAUUCACCUCCUAGUAGUCCAGGUUCUGAAAGUAUGAGUAGCAACGGUCCGGGACGUCGUAAAAGAAAAAGUACUUGUCCAGCAUCUACGACGCCUACACCACCGGCAUCUAGUACACCUACAACUAUGACAAAUAAUAAUAAAGAGGAAAAAGAUAUUAAGCUAUUUCAAAAUGGGGUUAGUGCGCCACACAUGUUAGGAAAUCAAUUAAAUCCAACUUCGACGAUGGCACAAAAGAUGUCUGAUACGUUAUCACAAGAAUUGGAAGCUCAUUCUAUUUUUACAGAAGCAAAUAAUUCAGCAGCUACUUUAGUUGGUCCACAGUUACAUAGUCGUGUAAUAGCCUCUAUACGAUCGAAUCAAACAACUACGGCACCUACCUCUUUUUCAUCUGUAUUUUCAACAAACAGUAAUACAAAUAUUAGUACUGCGAGUUCUGGAACAUUAGGUAGUGGAGUGAUUCCACAAACGUUAGAUCAGCUGUUAGAGAGACAAUGGGAACAGGGCAGUCAAUUUUUAAUGGAGCAAGCGCAGCAUUUUGAUAGUGAGUUUGCAUCACUACUUUCGUGUCUUCAUCAGCUGAGAGCUGAAAAUGUCAGAUUAGAGGAACACGUAAAUAGUCUUUUACAGAGGAGAGAUCAUUUAUUAGCAGUGAAUGCUAGACUAGCAAUUCCUUUAACAACUCAACCGAGUACACAUCCAGCGAAUAAUGUACAUCCAACGGUUAAUCCAUCACAUGCUAAUGUCGCCCAUCCUGAGGUACCAUCUGGAGCAUCUGGAGCUGCUGUACCUAGAGUUAAUCGAGAAACUCGCGUGAAUAAUACAUACAUACCUCAUUCUAGUUCCGUAAACCAUCCAACUACAUUAGAAAACGGAUUGCCACCGGAUCCCUCACCACCUGCAGCAGCAUCCCUAUCUCAGUAUCAGCACAGAGGAUCUUUGGUUGCUCCACAACCGAGUCCUACAAUAAGACAUAGUCCAGCAGCAAGUGGAUAUUUACAAGGACAAAGUAAUAUUGUAUCACCUGCCACAGCUAGUAGCUCGGGAGUAGUUAGAAAUUCUUCAGUAACACCAGAUCCCUUACGUGGUGUUCCCCGAUCAGUUCCACAAUCAUCAAGUAGUUAUAUGCCGUCGAUGUAUCAACCAGCAAUGUCAACUCUCUCUAGUAAUCAAGUAGGUAGCGUUCAUAAUCUUCAUUCACAUGGACCUUCUCCGACUAACCACGGACCGCCGGGUAAACCUAGCUGAAGGAAAUUAUUGAAAAUAAUCCAAAGAAAAGGAACCGUAAAGUAGAGACAUUUCAACCUUGAACGAAGACAAGAAUGCUACUCAAUUUGGUCAUUAAUUAGAAAAUAUCAAUCAUUAGAUAAUUAGUUGUCGAUAUAGGACACAUGAAUUUCUCUUGGUUUAUUUGUCAAGCACAUAUGAGACAAUCAAUCUCAGAGUGUUGACAUCGUAAAGGAUCAUCAGCAAAUCCACAGAUGUACAAACGUUGUAGACUAUAAGUUAAGCUAUCGCGAUAAAUAGCAAUAAUAUGAUAUAGAUGUACAUUUUAAUUAGGAUUAAAGAAAGAAAGAAAGAAAGAAA